CCCGCCGCGCGCCCGCCGCCCCGGCGCUUCGGCGUGCACGCCGCGCGCUCCCGCUUCCUCUGUGCCUGCCCCUGCGGCGGGCUCUGGAGCCAGUCCUGCGGGAGGUUUCAUCUCAGCAAGUUCCAGAGACCGUCAGACCUCAGUGAACGACAGGACGCAACAUCAGGAACUCCAGCAAGUGCCAGGAUCGAAUUGGAGCUACAGCUGCCGGCCUACGCCACAGAUGCAGCAAUGCUGGAUCUGAGUCUCGUCUUCAACCUACACUGCAGCUCAUGGCAAUGCUGGAUUCUGAACCCAUUGAUCGGAGCUGGGGAUCAAACUGGAAUCCUUUUACUUCACUGGGUUACCAGCUGUGAGCAUCCAUGUUGCUACAGAUGCCCUUCUUUCCGUCUUCUUACGGCUGAGCAAUAUCGCGGUGGGUGUGACCAGGAAUCUCAUUCAGGCCCGCUGGGUGAACGUUUGGCACAAGUUAGGGCGCAAAGCAGUUUGUUCAUUAGCACGGCCAGAUGUUCAGUGGGAGGAUCAGACUUGGCUGAACAGACUCCUGUUUUAUUAGGGAGUAGAGCCAUGGCAACUAGUCUCACGGACAUAGGAAAUUCAUUUGACGACCCAACUAGUCCUUUAGUUAAGAGAUCUAGAAACUCAUCGAUGGAAGAUGAUGAUGAUGUUGUGUUUGUUGAAUCUAUACAACCUCCUUCAGCUUCUGCUCCAGUAGUAACUGACCAAGGAAACUUUGCUGCAACAGAAAAGGAAACGCUACAAGGAAAUUAUUCCCUAAUGCUUCCUUCCUCAAGAGAUUUGGCUUCUCAGAAGGGAAAGAUAAGUGAGACAAUCGUUAUUGAUGAUGAAGAGGACAUAGAAACAAAUGGAAAGGAAAAGAAAAUUUCGUCCAGUUUUAUUGAAUGGGUACUUCCUGAAACUAAAAACAGAACCAAAGAUUUGGAUUUCUCCACUUCCAGUCUUUCAAGAAGUAAGACCAAGACUGCAGUAGGACCUUUUAAUCCUGGUAGAAUGAAUGGGGCAGGAGAUGAAUUUCAGAAUGGAGAAUUUGCAGCUCAUCAUAAUCCUGAUUCUUGGAUCUCCCAGUCAGCGUCCUUUCCCCGGAACCAGAAGCAGCGAGGGGUGGAUUCUUUAACUCCAGUGGCCUCACUUCCUAAACAGAUUUUCCAGCCUUCUGUCCAGCAGCAACCCCCUAAACCACCUAAAAUUACUUGUGCAAACUGUAAAAACCCUUUACAGAAGGGGCAGACAGCUUAUCAACGAAAAGGAUCAGCUCACCUCUUCUGUUCUACCAGCUGCCUUUCUUCCUUCUCUCUGAAGCGUACUGCAAAGAAACGUAUAACAUCUAAAAAAGAUGCACCUACAAAGAAGGCUACUGUUGUUCCUCAAAUGGAAUCGAGUGAAACCUUCCAUCAGUUUUGUAAAACAUCUUCUGUGUCUCCUUGUGAAGACAUCCAGAAUCUUAGCAAAAGAGUUCUCAAUAAAUCAAGAUGUACAAUCUGUAGUAACCUAACAGAGAUUCGGCAUGAAGUCAGCGUUAACAAUGUAACACAUAAGCUGUGCAGUAACCAGUGCUUUAAUAAGUACAGGUUGGCCAAUGGUCUGAUAAUGAAUUGCUGUGAGCAGUGUGGACAGUACUUGGCCAGCAAAGGUGCUGGAAACAUCCUCGUCGUUGAAGAUCAGCAGAUGAGAUUCUGCUGCCCAAGUUGUGUUAAUGAGUAUAAACAGAUAAUGGAAACACACUCAAAGAAAAUAUUAGCAUCAGAAAAGAGAAAAAGGAGUGCCAAUAGAGAAGAAAAUGAAAGAAAAUUGGAUGGCUCAUCAGAUGUACUUUUGAAAGACAUAGAGAAAAUACCAGAGAAGAAGGAAAAGACUUCAGAGCUACAGAUCUCAGCAGAAUGUAACCCAGAUACAUCAGUGAUCCAGCAGGAUUUGAAUUUACUGCCUUUGUCAGCCAUGGCUGGUCAGUGUCAAGAGCAGCUGGAAGAGCAGCAAUCGGAAGACUCCAUCAUACCACCUGUGCUUUCUGCAGAUCCAGGUACAUGGCCCCGAAUUUUGAGCAUUGACCAAAGGGACGCCCUAGUUGAAAAUGACCCACCUCAAGUGCGGAAUUUUAACUUUCCAAAGGACAAUACGGGGAGGAAGUUUUCUGAAACUUACUAUACGAGAAUUCUCCCAAAUGGUGAAAAAACCGCUAGGUCCUGGUUACUUUACUCCACCUUGAAAGAUUCUGUCUUUUGUCUCUAUUGCAAACUCUUUGGGGAAGGGAAGAAUCAACUGAAGAAUGAGAGUGGGUGCAAAGAUUGGCAGCAUUUAUCUCAUAUUCUUAGCAAACACGAGGAGAGUGAAAUGCAUAUCAACAAUAGCGUUAAAUAUUCAAAAUUAAAAUCUGAUUUGAAUAAAACUAAAACUCUUGAAGCUGCAGAUCGCAAAUUGGAGGAGAAGGAGGGGAUGGAAGGUGUAAAGCUGUUGUAUUCGGUCGGCCUGAUCUGACGCGCCAAGCUCUCCCAUUUGGCGCUGCCCCGGAGGUCGGCGGCAUCUGUGAGAGGCCCUGGCUGGCUCCACGUGUCAUAGUACGUAACCAGCGGAGAUGGCUUCUGCUUCAAACUCUAAAGCUCAGCCGUGAGACGAAAUGCCAGUUUCCAUCUAGGCAGUUGUUAAUCUCGUCAGCCCGUCAGUCCACACCUUUUAAAAGGGGCGUUCCAGGACUGACAUUUGACUGAUGUGGCUAAUACUCUGUUCUGAUUAUCCUGAAAGAGGGCCAGAAAGGCUUACAGUUAUCAGUACUAGUUGAACAGAUACUUAGGUGAACAAGUGCCAUUCAGAAAGGGAAUGGGAUCUGAAACUGCAGCUCUUUGCUGUUAAACCAAAUACUUGUGGCUUAUCUCAUUUGGGCAAAACAUUUUAUUGUUUGAGCAAAACAAUAUCUUUUGUUAUGUUAAAUUAAGGUGGUUAAUUUGUGUUUGUUUUGUUUUGCUUUAAUUUAAUUUGUCAAUGUUUUGGCUUUUCUUGUCAGGUGAAAACUAAGCAUAAAGAGUGCAUACCUAUUUUUAAGUUGGUAUAAACGUAAGAAAUAUUAAAAUAAAAAUAUAUUGUUAACCUUUA